UCACCGGGUCCCGGCCUGUGAUUACUCGACGGCACCCCGUGAUCACCGAGUAUUACCGACUGGGGAGAGACCUGUAUCUCCUGCACACUGCUUUGUAUGGCUCUGCAUAGCAAUGUGCUUACAGUUGAAAGCACAGCACAUAAUGUGAAACUGCACACAGUUAACCCUUUGAUUGCCCCUCAUGUUAACCCCUUCCUGCCCAGUGCCAUUAGUACAGUGUCAGUGCUUUUUAUUAGCACUGAUACUGUACUGGUGUCACUGGGGAAGUCAGUGACACUGUUA